AUGAAGAUUUUAGGUCAAGAAGAGAAAGAUGCCCAUCUACAACAUGUCUUAUCGGAAGGAGCAAAAGGCUUGGUGUAUGGGGCGAUUUUGUCAGGCGGGAUAUUCUCUUAUUUGAAAUACAAAAAGCCAGUUAGAUUCCAAACCUUCACCGCGUCGAUCAAAGCGGCCAUAUUGGCCAUGCCCACCAUUGCCGUGGCUGCGUUUUGGGCCGAUCAGGGUUCCUGGGAGUUUGACAAGAUGAUGCACCAGUCCGAUUAUCAGCAAGAACAGGUUAUGAAAGAAUAUCGCGAAUACAACCAGUUGUCGUUGUCAGACAAGAUAUUUACCCAGUUGAACAAGCACAAGUAUCAAAUCAUCAUCACUGCAUGGGCUGGGUCCUUGUACGGUUCAUGGGUCCUCGUCAACCGAGACAAGAUUAUGACCACCGCCCAAAAAGCCGUCCAGGCAAGAAUGUAUGCUCAAGGUAUCACCAUCAUUUUGCUACUCGGUACCAUUCUCUUGGCCAUGAGAGAAGAAGAAAUCAACAAGAAGAAACCCCAGCCUUUACCUGAAUGGAAACAGAUUAUCAUGGAAAGGGAAGCCGAUUUGAAAAGGGCCCAGGAAGAAGCUAAAAACGAAAUUAAAGCCGAUGUCAAGUCGUUUACUGAAGGCGCUGAUAAACUAAAGAAAGCUCCAUCUGCUAUAUUGGAAGAGCUUAGGAAGUAA